AGUUAGACUUCCUAUUUUUGUUAUAGCGAGUUGAAACUCGACGCAGCAUUUACUCAGCCUCGACAAACGCAAGUGUCUAGGUUGGGCUGGCUGUCUACGGAAACGAAUACUACCAGUACCGAGUGAUUAUCUGAACUCUCAGCUGUAACAAACCCAAGUCUUUUUAAUAACAUUUUACGAUCCAACUGUACCUGCUACCCUUGCUGUUUACUGGUUUAUAUAGACUUUAACUGGCGGUACUACCAUUUUCGACAGAACAAAUAGCGGCUAAAUAACCAAAUAACGGACACGGUUUGAGUGUAAUGUAGUAUUAAUAAAUGUGUUAUUAUUAGUCUUUUUCGGAGCGUGUCCGACACAGAGCUAUAGGUUCUCUUCAAGAGGCGAGGAAUGCAAUCUGAGCAUCAAUGUUUCAUUGGAGCAAGUGGAAGAAGAGGAUGGGAGCCAAUAGUUCUUCUAAGAGACCAGUUUUCGAUGAGAAGGAAGAUGUGAAUUUUGACCACUUCCAGAUACUGCGGGCCAUUGGGAAGGGGAGCUUUGGAAAGGUGUGCAUCGUGCAAAAAAGGGACACUGAGAAGAUGUACGCCAUGAAGUACAUGAACAAACACCAAUGCAUAGAGAGAGAUGAGGUCCGAAAUGUCUUUAGAGAGCUUGAGAUCCUACAGGAAAUUGAACAUGUUUUUUUAGUAAAUCUCUGGUACUCAUUCCAGGAUGAGGAGGACAUGUUCAUGGUGGUGGACCUCCUGCUGGGAGGGGACCUGCGCUAUCACCUGCAGCAAAAUGUUCAGUUCAGUGAGGAAGCUGUCAAACUCUACCUCUGUGAGAUGACACUGGCGCUGGACUACCUGCAGUGCCAGCACAUCAUCCAUAGAGAUGUCAAACCAGAUAAUAUCCUGUUGGAUGAGCAAGGUCAUGCUCACCUGACAGACUUCAACAUAGCAACUAUAAUAAAGGAUGGAGAAAGAGCUACAGCCUUAGCUGGUACCAAGCCCUACAUGGCCCCAGAGAUCUUCCAGUCUUUUGUUAGUGGAGGGACAGGCUAUGCCUUUGAAAUAGACUGGUGGUCACUAGGGGUGACAAUCUUCGAAGUCCUGCGUGGAUGGAGGCCCUAUGACAUCCAUGCCAGUAACUCAGUGGAGUCCCUGAUUCAGCUCUUCAGUACAGUCAGUGUCCAGUAUAACACAGCCUGGCCCAAGGACCUGGUUUCUCUCUUAAGGAAGCUACUGACUGUGAAUCCAGAGCAUCGGUUCUCCAGCCUGUCUGAUAUGCAGACCUCUUCCUACCUCGCUGAUGUUAACUGGGACUCUGUGUACAAGAAGAAGAUGGAUGCCGGAUUUGUUCCUAAUAAAGGUCGCCUCCACUGUGACCCCACCUUUGAGCUAGAGGAGAUGAUCCUGGAGUCGCGUCCCCUUCACAAGAAGAAGAAGAGACUGGCCAAGAACCGGUCUCGAGAUAACAGCAAGGAUUCACAGUCUGAGAAUGACUACCUACAGGAGUGCCUUGAAGUGGUGCAGCAGGAGUUCGUGAUCUUCAACCGUGAGAAGUUGAAAAAGCGUCAGGAGGAGGGUCAGUCUGAGGUCGGGGGUGAUGAUGUCAGCAGAGAUGGGGACAGGGAGGCCGGAGCUGGGACCACUGAUGAUGAUGCACUGGAGCCAGAUCCAGAGCCAGAUCCAGAGCUUUGCUUAGACCCUGAGUCCUCGUCUAAACUGAGCAUGUGCGGCUCGGUCUGCUCCUCCCCCGGCAGUUGCUAG